AUGAAUGGCAGCAUUCCAGAUUCAAUCGGCCAGCUCACAAAAUUGAGCGCAUUCUACAUUCAGGGGAACAACUUCUCUGGCCACCUCCCUCCCUCCAUGGGAAACCUCACCAAGCUCUUUGGCCUGUAUGGCGGAGUCUGGUCACCUGCAGCACCCCCCUCAGCAGACACCCCAGCGCCCCCCACCACAACAGCUCCAGCGCCUCCCUCGGUCUCCACACCUCCAGCACCACCCGUUAACACUGCACCUGCGCCUUCUCCAUCGCAAGGGGGUCUGUCCACAGCAACCAUUGCCGGCAUCGCUGUUGCUGCUGUGGCUGCUCUCCUGCUGGCAGUGCUGCUCGGUGCACUGCUGUGGCGGAGGCGCAGCCAGGCAAAGGCAUUCUCGAGGGCUGCCCCUGCAAGCAAGGAGGACUGCCAGGGUAGCACUGAAGCAGCAGCGUCAGCAGCGGCGGCAGCAGCAGCAGCAGCAGUAGGGAGUGGGGAGGAAGGGGUGGUGGAGGUGGGGGCGGCGCGGGCGAAUGUGAGGGAGAUGGCAUCGAAGCACCACCCGAACCUGGUGCGGCUGCUGGGCUACUGCAUCGCGUUUGACGCGGCAACACGCACCAUGGAGCAAAUACUCGUCUUCGGGGUGGUGAUGCUGGUGGUGAUCACGGGGCGCAAGGCAGUGCAAGAGGCAGAGGGCGGCCAUGUACACCUCAAGCAAUGGGUGGAGCCAUUGGUGGCAUCCAAUUCAGUCGCAGCCUUCAAGGACCCGCGCCUGGACACCCCGGAUGACAUUCUGCUGCGCCUGGCCCGCCUGGCUCUCUCCUGCACCGCCAUGCCCACGGCCUCGCGCCCGUCCAUGGGCAAGGUGCUGGGGGAGCUGGUGGCGGUGAGGGGGGAGAUAGUGGGCGAGGAGGUGGACAAGGUGGCGUCGCGCAUCGACAGCGAGAUUGACACGUCCAGCGAUCUCGACUUCAACGCUUCCAUUGCUCGUGCCCACGAGAUCGCCAUGCAGAGCGGUUCCUCUGAUACUGUGUGA